CAUUACUUUAAAAAGCUCCACAGUAUGAAUGUAAAGAUGAUCGUGACUCUGAUAACUUUAAGUGUUCUUCAGUUUGCUGAAGGAGCGUCUCGUGCCGUCUGCCCGAUUCCGGAGACAGUGGUGGAAGAAGGCGACAACGUCACUCUACCAUGUCACCUGGAUCCAGCGGCCGACGUGGUGAGGAAUGCGGUCGACUGGAAGAGAGUGGACCUCGGAGGCCAGGUGGUCUACUCUUAUCGACACAGGAAGCAGAAUCAGGCUGACCAGAUGGUUGGGUACAGAACCAGGACGACUCUGGACCAUGAAGAGCUGCAGAGAGGAAACCUGUCACUGCAGAUCUACAGAGUCAAUCUGUUUGACAGCGGACAGUACAGAUGUUUUGUCUCCAAGCUGGACCUCAGCUGUGACACCAACCUCACUGUUGUACCCAAAGACCAACAGAACCCGACCAAGACACAUGAUUCCAGCACAACUGAUCCUCCAGAGUCAGAAGAUCACGAUGCUGCGAAGAAUGAGGGAGUCUUGAAAACUCACCGCAUUGUUGGUGCUGCUGCUGCUGCUGCUGCUGCUGCUGCUGUUGUUGCCGUUGUUCUUUGUAUUCUGUGGAAACGUGGAGUGUUCAAGAUUUGUAAGAAGAAGACGCUGACGAACGGCUUUGAAAUGGAAAAGCUGAACACCCAACAGACAGACGGGGAUGAAGACCCUCACAGCGCUGCAGAAGCAUUCAUAGAGUUGGUGGUCCAUGACGAGAACCAUUCAUCAGGAAAAAACAUCCAAUGAGGUUCAUUAAGGACAAUUUUGUUUUUGUUUUUUUAAUUUGGGAAAAUCUGUCACUUUGCCUUUAAAUAUCUCCAAAAUACGAGAGAGGCCUCAGAUACUUCAGUGUUUUUAUCACUCCUGAUUUUAAAUGUUUUAUUUGAGACUAUUUAUUCCCCUCUAGUUGACAAAGUUAAAAAACAUUUGAAGAAGUGGACCUCCCUCUUUGGGAGAAUCAACGCUGUAAAAAUGAACCUGAUUACUUAUUUAAAAAUCUUCCGAGCUUCUUGACCCCGGAAAAAUAAGUAUCUUGCUGCGGUGCUUCAAGUAUCCGUGGUUACUCUUUAAAAAGAGGCGGGAGGAGUAAAAUAAGCAAAGAAGCACAAAUCAUGAAUGGAAAUUAAAAAGGCAACAUUGUUACAGCUUCUUUUAAAACACAAACACUAUAAAACGCUACGUAAAGUAAAAAAAGAAUCAUGAAAAGCUAAUGAUAAUGCGGCUAAUUAGACUCAAACGACGUCCAAUCGCACUUUUAUGAGUUCAAUGAAUUAAAGGAGUAGCACCAACUUCCUGCUCCCCCUCAGAUAAACACUGCCAGCUCUGUCAGCACUUUCUCCGUAAUUAGCGCUGUUAGUAUAGUUAGCGAUGAGCUGCCGACUUGCCUUCGCCAUGUUGAGAGCCGUUGUGAGACAAUCAAAAUGCUCCUAUCCUGCACAUUUUAACAUCUAUGAUUCUUAACUUUUGUCUUAUAUCAUAUUUCUUUUUUCUAUAUUUCCUGUCUCUUUGUGUGUUUGUAAUGUAUUAUAUUGUGAGACCCGUUGAGCUUUUUAAUGAAUGAUUUGUGAGGUUUUUUGCCAACAUUUUGUGGAUCUUGUCUCUGUCAACACAUUUGUGAGCUACUGUAAUGA